AUGUUAUAUCUCUCGAAUUUCAUUACUAUGGUCUGGUAUCAGCUGACAUUCAAGCCACAGCCACUCCCUGACGAUAUUCGGCUGGAUGGUCUAACAGCGAUCGUGACGGGCGCGAAUGUCGGUCUGGGCUUCGAAGCUGCCAAAGAGCUAGCAUCACAUGGGCUAUCGAGGCUGAUUUUAGCUGUGCGCGAUCUGUCCAAAGGAGAGGCAGCAAAGGCUGAGGUCUCUCGGGAGGCGCCUGAAUGCGACAUUCUUAUAUGGCAACUUGACCAGGAGUCAUGGGAGAGCAUGGUGGCGUUCGCUAAACGGGCCAGCGCCGAGCUUGACCGCCUUGAUAUCGUGCUGCUAAAUGCAGGGCUGAAACGACUCGAGUUUACUCGUUCGCCAACGGGUCAUGAGGCACAUGUCCAAAUCAACUAUCUCGGCACAGCACUACUGUCCCUGCUACUCGUCGAACCACUACGACGUACAUCACAGCAGAAGGGAAAGCCUAGUCGAAUGACGAUUACAGGAUCUAGCGUUGCCUUUUCUGCCCCCGUGCAGGAUAUCCUAGAACCGAAAGGGGGAAAGGGUAUCAUUUCCUGGCUCGAUGAUCCGGCUUCAUUCGUUCCUGGUAUAAGUCGAUACAAGCCCUCAAAGUUGCUAGGUGUGCUAUGGACGCGUGCCCUUGCUGCCCGCCUCGACUCUGCCAAUAUAAUUCUCAAUACCCUUAACCCCGGAUGGUGCAACAGCUCGUUCCACCGUGUAGACGCAUCCGCCGAAUGGAUGUCAAAAUUUCUUGCAUGGAGUAGCGCCGAGGGAGGCUAUCAUUUAACAGAUGCUGCUGUGCGACACCCGGAUAGCCACGGCGAAUACCUAAGUGAGCAAAGAAUUAGACCCGUCCCCAAUCUUGUGUCAUCGGCCAAGGGAAAAGAAGUUCAAAAUAAGUUAUGGGAUGAGACAACAUCGCUAAUUAGAGCCGAGUGCCCCGAUGCGAACAUCGAGGAGUUUACAAGAGUUGAAUAG